AUGUCCAGGCAAGAUAAAGCCACGACUGAGCGAAACGCUAAAAUUCUCAAAGAUUUAGUCAAGCAGUCGGACAAUAAGGUUUGUGCAGACUGCAAGCGGAACGACCCUCGUUGGGCAUCAUGGAAUUUAGGUGUCUUUCUGUGCAUUCGCUGUUCAGGCAUCCAUCGUGGCAUGGGAACGCAUAUUAGCCGCGUCAAGUCCGUCGAUCUUGAUAUCUGGACACCGGAACAGAUGGAGUCGAUUCAGAAAUGGGGGAAUCGUCGUGCCAACUUGUACUGGGAAUCCCAUCUAAAGUCUGGUCAUGUCCCCCCAGAGCAUAAAAUGGAUUCAUUCAUUCGUUCAAAAUACGAAUCUCGAAGAUGGGCACUUGAUGGACCCCCGCCGUCCGAUCCGUCGGUUCUUGAGACUGAAACCUCGAAUGGAUAUACUUCACAAGCUGCUGAGCAGCCACCCCCCACGGCUACGCAAUCCUCACGCCCAACUCAUAUACCAAAUACCAGUAUCUCUGGUGCAAGAUCAGCAUCUCCAACACUCCAAACCCACAUCACAACACGUCAGCCUCAAUCCCGUCAAUUACUCUCCUCCGCAAUCGCCGGUAGAGCGAUCAACUCUGAAGUCACUAUCAUUACCUCCCCAACAUCUGCUGCACCUCAGCCAACGUUCGCGCAGUCCACCCCUCCAUCUCAAGAUGACCUAUUCUCACUAGACUUCCAUGCACCCGCUCAAAAGGCGGCCCCACCGCCGUCAUCUAAAGAUAUGAAAUCAGACAUCAUGUCCCUCUUUUCCUCUGCUCCUGCUGCCGUCCCCAGUCAUUCCAACCUGUCGACAGGUGCUAGUUCCGCUACUUUUGGCACUUUUGCGCCACCCUCUCAGUCACAAUUAGCAUGGGAUGGAAGCGCUCCUCAGACACAACCUCAGCCUACAAGCAUGAUGGGGACCGGUGGCACUGGUUUGUGGGGCGCUUCUUCUGGCUGGAACGCUACUCCCGUUCCACCCUCCCAAAACACACUAUGGGGGAGUUCUGUAACUCCUACGGCGCAACAGCCCCAGUCUCAAGUGAACUCAUUCAAUACAAAUGACAUCUGGGGAUCGUCUGUCUCCGCACCCAGUAACUCCAACAACCUUCUCGGCACUUCUCAGGCGCACCCUGCGCCCAAGAAGGACGAUGUAUUCGGGGAUCUAUGGGGUGACUUCAAGUAA